GUUUGUUGCAGGACAUCCCUGGCUUGCCACGCGUCAAUUCCUUCUGCGUAUUACUUUCUUGAAGUGCAGGAUUCGAUCCAGCCAUCAUGUUAUAUUUAAAGACUACCCUACUAGCCUUGGGCGCUGCCUUUGGCAUGACUGUUGCACAACAAUCCACCAACCAGGCCAUCACGCUACAAACUCACUCGUUGUAUCCUCCUUACAUUGAUGACGACCUGCAGAACCGAUGGUUCGACUUUGGCGGUGAUGCAGUCAUCAACACGAACAAGCAUGUUCGCUUGACAAGCAAUCGGCCUUCUCAAGUCGGAUAUUUGUGGUCUCGUCUGCCCCUGACUGCAGCAAACUUCGAGAUCGAGCUCGAAUACAACGUCGAUGGCCCAUCCGGUCAUUUGUUUGGUGACGGUUUCGCACUCUGGUUAUCGAAGCAGAGAAUGUCGAUCGGCCCUGUCUUUGGCUCCGUCAACAACUUUGAUGGUCUUGGCAUCUUCUUUGAUACCUAUGAUAACGAAAGAUCUCAUAAACACUCCUUCCCUUAUGUGCAAGCUAUGCUUGGUGACGGUUAUAAAUAUUAUGAUAACGACAAGGAUGGCUCAUCAACCGAAUUAGCUGGCUGCGAGGCUGAUUUCCGUGGUAAAACAGUGGUCACUAAAGCUCGUUUGACUUUCUACAAGGACAACUAUCUUAGACUGGAGCUUCAACAUGAGAAGGAGGAUGAAUGGACGGAGUGUUUUAAAGUCCCGAACGUUAAGUUGCCCGACCAGGUCUACCUCGGCUUCACCGCACACACUGGAGAGAUCUCAGAUAACCAUGAUAUCAUUGCCGUGACCACCAAGACGUUAAUUCCUGUUCCAAUCGAAAAGCAAAAGCCAAUACCCCAAACCGGCAAGAAGGCCAAGUCCUCAUCUGGUGGUGGUGGUUUCCUUUGGUUCUUGUUCAAGAUGAUUGCUGCCGCUGGCAUUGUUGGUGGCAUGUUCGUAGCAUAUCGCAUGUAUGAGAAGAGUGGCAACAUGAAACGGUUUUAGGCCAACCUGCGUUGGUACUCAACCUCUGUAUCUAUCACAAAGAGGUGAACCCACUGCUUUCCUUUCCCAAAUUCCCUUUCAAAAAUAAAUUUUUUUAAA